CUCAGAAUGAUCUAGCAUAGUAUCAUAUUACUGCCACGGGCCGUGGCAAGUGGCCUCACAAACAAGGCUAUGCCAGUGUACCAGACGGAUUGUCGCCAGAAAUUCUGCAUUGCUGUACUGCACGCAUUGAUCCCGACGCGGAUGAAUUGACGCUCGAAGGUCUUGCCAAAACACCGUGUCAUGUGUUUAUUGCCAAAUCGGUGGCGGCUUUGCCCAUCCAACUCAACUCACCAUGAACAACUUUCUGUAUAAGCUGUCCAUCAUUAACCAAUUAUCAGAAUCUCAGUUGGACGAGUCAGUCAUGAUAUGUAUCAGAGGUUAUGUCGAUUCUCCAUCUGUUGAUGCCAUGACUGGUGGGAACAAGAGUCUCGAGGGGCCAUUGUUCCGCGCGAUGAUCAGGGCCUGCCAGCUUGCCGGAAGAGUAUACAUCGCAACAGUGAAUGAUACAGGAGCCAUCGCUGGAUUAGCUCUCUGGUUUCCUCCAGGGAAAGUUCUUUGGCAAAAUGAUGCACAGAGGAAUCUUGGCUUUAACCAGUUCUUGGCGUCUCUGUCACCCAAGACCAGAGAAUGGUGGAUUAACACUUACAGUGGUCCUGCGCUGGCCUCAUUUAUCGAAACGGCGCUGUCUCCUCAUACUGUUGAGAGCUCCUGGUAUCUGAAUUGUAUUUGCGUCGAUCCGAAGUAUCAACAUCAAGGAAUCGCCACAAACCUGAUCAAAAUGGUGGAACAGCAGGCAAUGACGACGUCCAUCCUUGCGCUCUGCACAGAUACCGAUGACAACGUUGCGGUAUACAAGGCGCUCCACUUCCAAUACAAGGGAGAAGCGCCCCUGCCAACUCCAGAAGAUGAAUAUAUCAAUGUACAUUGUUUCACUAAGCCUGGCGCAAGGGUGUAGGAGUCGCGUUCAACUGUAUUGGCC